AUGGAAGUUCUUCAACACGAGCGGAGCCAGACUCUUGUUAAUAUCACUGGACAUGGUAUUAACGAGACUGAUCUCAGGUUCGGUGCGAUGCGGCGUCAGGCCAAACCUGCUCCGGAUGCCGCUCUUCUGGCGUUCAUUCGACUUUCUGGGAAAGCUGAGAGGUUAUAUGGCAGCAUCGUCUACGUCGGACAAGAGUACUCCAACGUCAAUUAUCUGCUCCGGAACCGUGCACGCAACCAGGCCGCCUAUCACUUCCCGGCAAACCAGAUCUCGCGAGAGUACACCGGUCAUGAGCUGUACCGGAUCCCGCGAGAGGCCUUCACCAUGCCCUCCCCCGAGCUGGUCGAUGAGCUUCUGGGAAGUUAUUUCCGACAUGUCAACCCGGGAUUCCCGAUCCUCGACGAGGACAUCUUCAUGGCACAGUACCGGAAUAAGGACCCCGCUAACCCCCCGAGUCUGUUGGUGCUCCAGGCUGUCCUCCUAGUCGGAGCGCACGUAUCGAGAGACCGACCGGAUCGCGAUGAUUUGAAGGUGGCCUUCUUCCGUCGCGCAAAGAUGCUCUUCGACGCCAGAUUCGAGUGGAACCGGGACGUCGUCGUACAAGCCGCCCUUCUUCUCACAUGGCACUCCGAAGGCGUGGAAGACAUCGGGGCGAACUCUUACCACUGGGUGGGCGUCGCUGCGAGGACUGCACAAGGACUGGGGAUGCACCGCGACACGGGUCCCACCACUCUAGUGGCCCACGACAAGAGACUCUGGAAGAGGCUGUGGUGGAUCUUGUUCCAGUUUGACGUCCUCGUAUCACUGUCAUACGGACGUCCCCAGGCCAUUAACCUGGACGAUUGUGAUGUCCCUGAGCUGGGUCCCGCAGACUUUGACCACUUGGGGGAAAAUGUCGACGCGGAUUUUCUGAUCCAUCAAACGCAGCUUUGUUGUGUCAUAUCGAGAGCCGUUAAGAGGACCUAUGGCUUGAAAGCCUCCCCCCCUCAUAGAAGGGCGGCUCUGGUAGAGGCAGACAGGAUGUUGGCUAGGUGGAUAUCGCGUCUUCCUGUUAGUCUUAGGCGAGCUGGCGAUCAGCAGAAUGCAUCGUUCUGGCAGGCGGUCCUUCAUAUCAACUACAAUAACUUUUUGAUUCUCUUACACAGGCCUCCGCCGCGUCCAGCGUCGAUACCCGGAGCCAAUAAACAGGAUGAUAUGAAAAUCUGCUUUGAUGCCGCGACAACCAUGGCUUCCCUCUUUGAGACGAUUGUGGCCCAAGGCCGUCUGCGCUAUAUGAACUUCUUUGCCGUAGAUGCCCUCUUUACAGGCUUAAUUCAGCUGAGUGCCGAGAUGCGGGGGGUCAACCCGAUAUUGUCGGCGAAUGCAAAAACGAUAUUCGACUCUGCACUUGGCAUUUUGCACUCCCUAUCGGAGUACUGGCUGAACGGAGAGAUGAUACUCAGACUGUUCAGAGAUACCUCCGAGAAUCUACGACAGCAACUUCAAAUAGGUGAGAGAACAAUCGGAGGGGAUCAUCGGGAAGAUUCCACAAACAGCGAGUCGGCCAUGACUGCCGCUGAGCCUCAACCCGAUAAAGCUGCCGGGUGUAGCAGUAUUGACUGGGGAUCUGGGAUGGACCUGACUCAUGCUGCUAUGCUCAAUGACCAGCUGGACUGGUCCAACAUGUACUGGGAACAGUCAGGGUUCACAUCACUUAGUCCCUUUACAAACAUGACCCCAUGA